UAUAAGAAGAUACGAACUGUUAAAUUCAGCGGAAAUAAUAUUAAGCGGAACUAACUUUAAAUGCUAACGUAACAGCUACACCGUUUAUAUAAAUGUCGUUAAGUGGAAGCGAUGACAUCCAUUAUCUGUUUGCAGUAUUGAGUGAUACGUUUAGCCUUGUUUGAUAUUGAAAUAAUCCAAAAGAUUUUUUUACUAGAACAAACCUUGCGCGCGUGAUGGUCGUGUUAAAAGUCUUGCUUCUAAUCUUCCUUAGAGUAUUUGCAAAUCAAGGAACUGCUGCCGCUGCGCUUGUGAACUUCGAAUAUUCCACAAGAUUGUGUUUGGCAUUCAUUUUGGCAUUAAAUAGUGUCGAAUGUUUUAAAAACAUUGGAGUGGUCGCAAAGGAAGAAGUGGUUUCAAUUUACAGCGCCAACUUUUCAGACAUUCCUCCACACCGAGAUCCUUACUACAUCAAAGUAUAUCGAUGUGUUAUUGAUAGUCAUUCUUGGCAAUGUGUUAAAGGCUGGCCGAAGCCAAAGUUUCAACGAGAAAUCAAGAUUGUUGUUCCUGAUUUGCAAAACCAAACCAAGUUCUACAAAUAUAUCGUUUAUAAUCAUACAUCUUGCAGAUGUCAAACACAAAAUCCAAAAGAUAAUUUUGAUCUUCACAAAAACAUGUCUUCUCAUGAAAUUACUAAGAAUGAAUUUCUUUCGGAAGUUUCAAAGAACCCAUUCAACUUGAGAAGCUGUGAAAGAAGUUAUUGCAACAAGCUUCAUCCUCGUUUUCAUGUGCAUAGUAAACGUAUGGAAGUUACGAGCGAUAAGUUGUUCAUACAGUUCUAUCAAUGUCUACCUGGUUGCAAUGAACAAAUCGACGAACUUUCCAUUCCAACAUUCUUGAGCUCUGGUCAGACAAUUAACGAGGCGAUAAGAAACAGCACAUCUUGUAGCCCAUACUGA